AUGACGGAGAACAAUAUUCCCCAAACUUCAACUCCUCAAAUGGUGCCGUCGGUACCGGUUGAUCAGACACACUCCGUGGCGCAGGUCACCACCACCCCGACCGCGUCGGUUACGGCAACCGCCGCAGCCGCCACCGCCGCCAUCAACAACUCCAUGAAUGGCGGCGAGCAACUCCCUUGCCAGUGGGUGGGCUGCGCAGAGAAGAGUCCUACUGCGGAAGCGCUAUAUGAACACGUUUGUGAGCGCCAUGUCGGUCGCAAAAGCACAAACAACUUGAACUUGACCUGCCAGUGGGGAUCUUGCAACACCACCACCGUCAAACGUGAUCAUAUCACCUCGCACAUCCGAGUCCAUGUCCCGCUGAAGCCGCACAAGUGUGAUUUCUGUGGCAAGGCCUUCAAGCGUCCCCAGGAUUUGAAGAAGCAUGUCAAGACUCACGCUGAUGACUCGGAGAUCCGGUCACCCGAGCCAGGCCUGAAGCACCACCCUGAUAUGAUGUUCCCCCAGAACCCUAAGGGCUAUGCCGCUGCCACUCACUACUUCGAGGGCCCCAUCAAUGGUGUCACCAACCAAGGCUAUACUCAUGCCCCACCCCAGUACUACCAGACACACCCGGCGCCACCCCCACCCGCUAACCCACACUCCUACGGCAAUGUCUACUAUGCUCUUCAGGGCCAUGAUGGUACCCCAUCAUAUGACCGUAAGCGUGGAUAUGAUGCGCUGAACGAGUUCUUCGGUGAUCUCAAGCGCCGCCAAUUCGACCCGAACUCUUACGCCGCCGUGGGCCAACGGCUGCUUGGUCUGCAGGCCCUACAGCUGCCGAUCCUGAACGGACCCGUGCCUGAGUACCAGCCCAUGCCCACUGGCGUUGCUGUCGGUGGAGGUGGUGGAUACAGCCCUGGUGGCUCUCAAGCCCCUGCCUACCAUCUGCCCCCGAUGUCCAACGUCCGCACCAAGAACGAUCUCAUCAACAUUGAUCAGUUCCUGGAGCAGAUGCAGAACACUAUAUACGAGAGUGAUGAGAACGUGGCUGCUGCUGGUGUUGCGCAGCCCGGUGCCCACUACGUGCACCCUGGCAUGCACUACCGUGCCACUCACUCCCCGCCAACUCAGCUACCUCCUAGCCAUGUCACGGCCACCUCCGCACCCAUGAUGCAGGCGCACUCCCCAUCUGUCGGUACUCCCGCGUUGACUCCUCCCUCCAGUGCACAAUCGUAUACUUCGAACCGCUCUCCUGUCUCCAUGCACAACCAGCGUGUUUCUCCGCCGCAUGAGAGUGGCGCCGGCAUGUACCCUCGUCUCCCAUCUGCCAGCAUGUCUGACAGUAUGGGUGCCGGCUACCCCACUGCAUCCGGUGCUGCGCCCCCAUCCACGCUUGGUGCCUUUGAUAACGAUGAUCGUCGUCGUUACACCGGAGGUACUCUCCAGCGUGCGCGCCCGGCUGAGCGCGAAGUUGAAAGUGAUGGCAAGGCAGAUGGCGAACGCACUCCGACCAAGGAGCGCCUCAACAUCUCGGAGAGUCUGAUUGAUCCUGCUCUCUCCGGCACCUCCCACGACCCCGACCAGGAAGCUGCCCAGCGGACGGCACAAGCUGCUACCGAGGUGGCUGAGCGUGAUGUCAAUGUUGCUUGGGUGGAGAAGGUUCGAUUGCUUGAGAACUUGCGACGUCUGGUGUCUGAGCUCUUAGAGGCCGGUCAGUUCAACCCUGACUCCGAUCACCGCGAGGCCCAUUCCCCCACCCCCAUUGAAGGGGCUAUGGAGGGGAUUGAGAUUAGUAGUGCACGUGCAUCCUCCGAGCCAACCAAGGAGGAACCCAAACCCGAACCCACAGAGACUAUCUCUUAUCCCACCCUCCGUGGACUCGACGAAGACGGAGAUACUCAGGUGCCCGGUGUUGGUGCGUAG